AUGUCUGGCAACGCGCGGUCUUCUGCAGAAGACUCUUCUGACUGGGUUUCCUACAGCAACAGUUCUGCCCUCAGUGUCUUCGAGGAUGUCAACUCUGGUGGUGGCUUUUUGUCGGUGUUGAAGCGAAAACAAUGGUUGACGUCACUCACACGCUUUCGCCCGACUCGGAGGGUUCAUUUCGCGCCGGCACAAGACGACAGUAAUAAUUAUAGCAGCGAGAGUCUGACAGGCGUCGAUCGUGUGCCUCAAGCUGGGUCGCCAGUGUCUGGCAUAGCCCGUAUCGGUGUGGACAAGCCCCUGGACGUUGCCGGCGCGGCUGCACUUGCGCUUGUGCCCGAGCCCAGAACAUCGUCACCGGCACCCCUGGAACACUCACGGGCACGCUUAGCAGGCCGGUUCCAGAUUCUAGCGGCUCUAACGCAACGCAACAAGUCAAGCACUGCCAGUAGCAGCACUACUGCCUCAGAGACUCAAACAUGCCCUCCUGCUCCGCCUGCGGCCCGACGUCUUCGUCGCAAGAAGUUCUUACGACUGCAAACAGGUGUUGCUCAGCAUGGCGACACAGAAGAGACCAAGCCAGCACAUCUCUUAUGCCUUUCGCCGCUAGCUAGCAGUCCACCAGUUAUCCGUCAUGACCGUGUCUGCAGCGACAGCUCCAGGAUGGACACGGGUAACCCAGCUCAAAGCCCCAAUCUCGCGGACCUUCUUGCGAGCCUCUCCAGCAAUGAAGAUGCCAGCCGCAAGAUGGCAGCAUUUAAGCUGCAGUCGCUGAUCAACGACCCUUCAUUCGCCGAGCGGUUCGUGCUCGCUGGCGGCCUCCCUCUGCUACGCACCCUCAUCCUCGAGAGCCACGGGAAUACUCUUGCCUACAGUCUUGCCAGCUUCGCCAGGUUAUUGGAGGUGGACCAGGGCUGGGAAGCAGUGGAUGAUCGAGUGGUGGAAAAGGUCGUGGAACUUGUCGUAUGCCAGCCACUGGUUAACAUCCUGCGAGGUGCCAUGGCCAUCUUGGUUUCCAUUGUUUCCCGUCCCUACCAUGUCGACAAGUCAACGCAGGUUGAUCCAGCCAACAGUGCUGGUGGCUUUCAGGCUCUAAAGCCUGCAAUUGCUGUUUACCCGCAGUUCUUGGAGAUGCUUGUGACGAGGCUGUCGUCUGCCGAUCAUGCUCUGUGCGCAAACGCACUGCAAUUGAUCAACUCCCUGAUGCGGGAUGCAAUCACCAACGAUAACGAGACGGAAUGGCCGAAAUUCAUCAAGCGCAUACAAGACCUAGGUGUGAUCAAGGCGGUGUAUGUGCUUAUGCAAAGCUCAGCCCUUCAAGACCUGGCCCACCCUUUGUUGGAAUUCCAGGCCCUGACCAAGAUCCUCCUUCGACGCUGGCGAGAUGUCCCAGUAGAUUUGUUGAAGCCUGAACAUAGACGGACCAUCAAGGCUGUGCACCUCUCAAGCAAUCCCGAGAAACAACACCAGCAAGGCGGCCAAAAUGGAGAAUCCAAGCACAAACAUGACCCGUACAAGUGGAGGCGGCUUGGUUUCAGCUCGGAAAACCCUGAGGCUGAUUUCACGGAUAUGGGAUUCUUGGGAUUGAUGGACCUCUCUGAUUAUGUGCGGAAACAUCAAGACGAGUUCCAGAGGAUUUUGCUCGAACAGUCCGUUGCUCCUGAGCAAAAACGGUGCCCAUUGGCCCGAGCAAGUCUCACAAUGACCGCCAUUCUUUUUGAGCAUUAUGAAGUGGAUAAGAUGGAUUUGGAGGAUUCCAAAAGCUACUUGGCCCUCGAAAGCCGGACCAACUUCGACAAGGUGUUCAAACCGUUAUUGUUACACUGGAGCCGACUCCAUGUUGCAGGACUGCAUGCACUCCUCAGGCUGUGGAAGGCAACCGGUGCCGAGGUCGACGAGUUUCCAAAAAUUGUGGAUUUGGUCCGUAUCCUGGUCGAGAGCGUUGUGGGAGGUGCAGACCGUACUAAAGGCAUUGAAGAGAUCGAGAAGGAGAUGGCCACGUUCGAAUACAGCAAACUCCGUGAGCUUCAGAUGGAGCUAUUGGAGUUGACUUACGAGGACGUUUGGGGCCAGCACCUACGUGGCUUGGAGGAGGAACUGCGGAGCGAAGCUCUGCAGUUUGCCAAGGAACAGAGAAUCAGGUGUUUGCUGGCCGGGGCUUGGUUCCCCAACAACGGCACGUAUUCCGAUCAGCAAACCGGGGGUCCAGUCACGGAGGAUUCGCUCCUUCAAAGCGGACCAGAUAGCUAUCGAUUCAUCAGGCUUUCGGAGAAUCGAAAAUAUCUCCAUUGGGCAGACUUUCAGGUGAAGGAAGAGCAACCUCCUGCGAUAUCUAGUCUUCAGGACAGGAUUGACUUGUCGGUGGUCUCUUCUGUGGUUUCCAAUGUGACUGCCAAUGACCGGUCGUCCAUCACGUCGGAUUCGACGCUGAAGGAGCUGCCACACGACAAAUUCACCACGACCAAGAUUACAAUCCAUGGAUAUCUACCGAAGUCGCGCGGUGGCCGGGAGGGUCAUUCUCGCAAUUCAUCCAAGACCUCGUCUGCUCGAAGUGGGGCGAAAGAGAUGGUUUUGCUGACGUUUCAGCCUCAGAGCCACACUAUUGCAUCGGAAUGGCUGGAUGGACUUUUGAUGCUUCUGGAUCAACAGCCGAUCACGGCAGAGACGAACAAACUAAUCAACACCGUCACCAAUUAUGGGCUCAAGGUCCGUUUACUCAAUGUGCGAUUUAAUGAUGAAGAGGGUAUAGUGGAAGGUAUGGAUGGAAUGGACGGGCCGGAGAUUCCAAGCAGAGAAGGACUAGAUGAAGAUUACUACUAUGAUGUUUGA